AUGAGGAUUAUCUCUUGUCAGUCAACCCUUGUGGCUGUAGUUGUGGUGGCACUCACUGUGGUGUCCUGCGCUGAAGCUAAGACUACACAAAAGCCAAAGUACCAGUACACCAAGAAGCCCAUCCCUCAUAUCACAGUGCACAGUCCUGUGACCACCAGCAUGCCCAAGACUCUCAAGGCAGUGGCCAGCGCAAAUCCUGUGGAGCCCCACCCACUGCCCACCACAGAGAGGAGCACCUAUCCAAGUCACAUCUUUCCUCAGCACUACACUGAGAGCACUGAGCCCCCUGGUGUUGGUCAUGAGAACUACACCCUGGAUUACAAUGAGUGUUAUUUCAACUUCUGUGAGUGCUGUCCACCUGAGAGAGGCCCCAGGGGGCCAAAGGGAGACAGAGGCCUAGCGGGGCCACCAGGUGACAGAGGGCUUGCAGGGGCAGCUGGUUUACCAGGACCACCAGGUGUGAGUGGUCCCAUGGGGUUAAGAGGAGACAAGGGGGAUAAAGGUGACAGAGGAAACAGUGGGACAGCUGGGACAGCAGGUGUCCCAGGGAAGCCAGGACAAAAAGGUGAUGUUGGCUCAAAAGGUGAGAAAGGUCAAAUAGGCCUGCAAGGUGUCAAAGGUAAUAGUGGAGAGAAAGGAGAACCUGGCCAGAAUGGGACUGCUGGUGAGAAGGGAGAACCAGGAAAGGAGGGGCCAGCUGGACCUCCAGGAGUGGCUGUAGAGCAAGGUCCUAAGGGAGACAAGGGGGAUAAGGGAGAGUGCGGUACAUUUGGGGAGAGAGGACAGAAAGGUGAGCGAGGGGAUCCUGGGUCUCCUGGCAUCCCAGGAGGAAUGGGCAUUCCAGGAAUGAAUGGCAAGCAUGGUUCUCCAGGUCCUGUGGGUGUCCGAGGGGAUCCAGGGCCUCCUGGAUCACAAGGAGAACCAGGGGUGAGUGGGCCUCAGGGACCACAAGGCAUACGAGGGAUGCCUGGGUCAAAAGGGGACAGAGGCUACCCUGGAAUGAGAGGUGAGCGGGGUGUUCGUGGAAUCAAAGGAGCUAAAGGAUCAGGUGUUCCCCAGAAACGCUCGGCCUUCAGUGUGGGCAUCUCUCCAAGAAAGUCCUUCCCUCCCUCUGGCUUCCCAAUCCGCUUUGACAAAGUCUUCUACAACGAAGAGAACCACUUCAACGCCACUUCCAACAGCUUCACAUGUGUCCAUGCUGGGGUUUAUGUCUUCUCCUUCCACAUCACAGUACGCAAUCAGCCCCUGCGAGCCACACUGGUUGUGAAUGGGUCACGGCGGGUAAGGACACGGGACUCUCUGUACGGUCAAGACAUCGACCAAGCGUCCACUCUGGUGGUGCUGCGGCUGGCGGUGGGUGAUCAGGUGUGGAUGGAGACUCUCAGAGACUGGAACGGGGCGUAUGCCAGCAGUGAGGAUGACAGUAUCUUCUCUGGGUUCCUGCUUUACUCAGACAAGGCCUGAUACUCACCAGUGGUACUGACACUCUUCUUCUACAGUACU